UAUAUAAGCCAGACAAGCCUGUCCAUACUUUGUCCAUUACUUGAUUCCUAGCAGAAUGGCAAUGCUGUGGUUCCUUUCCUGCCUAGCCCUCCUUAGUGGAGCUUAUGGCUGCGGUGUUCCCGCAAUCAAGCCCAUUAUCUCCGGCUAUGCUAGGGUUGUGAAUGGUGAGAAUGCCGUCUCUGGAUCUUGGCCCUGGCAGGUGUCUCUGCAGAACAGCGCUAGAUUCCACUUCUGUGGUGGUUCUCUGAUCAACAGUCUCUGGGUUGUCACUGCUGCCCAUUGCGGAGUCACAACUGCCAACGUUGUGGUCCUCGGUGCAUUCGACCGAUCCGUAUCUACUGAGGCCACCCAGAGAAUUUCUGUCGGCAGAGUCUUCAGACACCCCAAUUACAACUCCAAUACCAUCAUCAAUGACAUCACCCUGAUCAAGCUGGCCACUCCUGCCACCUACACCAACCGCAUUUCCCCCGUGUGUCUUGCUGCCACCGCUGAUGUCUUCAAUGGAGGAGAAAGAUGCGUCACCACCGGAUGGGGAUACACCAAUGCUGCCACACAAACCACCCCAUCCAGGCUUCAACAGGCAUCUCUUCCUCUCCUGACCACCGCCAACUGCCAGAGCUACUGGGGUACCAACAUCAGAGACACCAUGAUCUGCGCCGGUGCCUCCGGUGUCUCCUCCUGCAUGGGUGACUCUGGUGGACCCCUUGUGUGCCAGAGGAGCGGAGCCUGGACCCUGGCCGGUAUCGUGUCCUGGGGCAGCUCCACCUGCUCCACAGCUUCUCCCGGAGUCUACGCCCGCGUCACCGCCCUCAGAUCCUGGGUGGACCAGACUCUUGCUGCUAACUAAAUAACCUUUAAUCCAUUUAUGAUACUCAAUAAAAUAACUUUGUGAU